AUGCCUGGUGUUCCUAAGGAUGCUCUCGACAACUUGAAGGCCAAGUUCAAGAAGAUCUUCAGCAGGAGCAAGAAGUCCAAGGGCGAUAAGGCUGCCGACAAGGCUGCUGAUGCGUCCAAGACUGACGCUGCCCCUCCUGCCACUGCCGACGCCGCGAAGGCAGAUCAGCCCGCUGAGGCGCCUGCUGCUCCUGCGGAGGCUGCCGCUACUGAGGCCCCCAAGGUCGAAGCUCCCGCCGAGGUUGCUGCUGCUGCUCCUGCAGCUGAAGCUCCCGCUGCUGAGCCCAAGGAGGAGGCCAAGCCCGCCCCCGCUGCCUAA